AUGGCUGUACCAGUGUUUCCACAGCCACAUGUCCACCUCUGCCGCCACCCCAGUUCCACACACACCCGCAUCAAUGGCCAGGACGAUACAAUAACCAAAGGCUCACGAAAGACAGCAGCAGAAAAUGUGAAGCCAAUGACCUACAUCACAGAGCCCAGACCACCACGCCACACCUGCGCUCUUACCCGCAGGUGGGAGCUCGCUCACCGCGCCGCCCGCCGCGCGCUCCGGAGCGCGCCCGCGCAUCCCAACACAGUCGCAGAGAAGCUUCAGAUCCGCUAUGGAAGAGAUCAAAUUUACACAUAUGUGGGAGACAUCCUCAUCGCAGUCAAUCCUUUCCAUAAGAUGGACAUAUACACUUCUCAGUACACUAAGAUGUACAUAGGAGCUAAGCGUACAGCUAACCCACCACACAUCUUCGCUGUGGCUGACGUGGCCUACCAGUCCAUGGUGUCAUACAACACAGACCAGUGUAUUGUGAUCAGUGGGGAAAGUGGAGCUGGGAAAACAGAGAGUGCUCAUCUGUUGGUGCAGCAGCUGACCGUUCUCGGGAAGGCCAAUAAUCGGACACUCCAAGAGAAGAUCCUGCUGGUCAACAACCUGGUGGAGGCUUUUGGGAACGCCUGCACUGUCAUCAAUGACAACUCCAGCCGCUUUGGCAAGUACCUGGAGAUGAAGUUCACGUGCGGAGGAACAGUUGUCGGAGCGCAGAUAUCUGAGUACCUCCUGGAGAAAUCCAGAGUCAUCCAUCAGGCAGUAGGGGAGAGGAACUUCCACAUCUUCUACUACAUUUAUGCUGGCCUGGCUGACAGGAAGAAACUAGCCCACUACAAGCUUUCUGACAGCAAAACACCUAAGUAUCUGUGCAACGAGCACAUUAAAUUAGGGCCUGACAUAGUGAGCAACACCUUCUACAAGGAGCAGUUUGAUGCAGUGGAGCAGUGUUUCAAAGUCAUUGGAUUCACCCUGGAGGAGCUGGGCAGCGUUUACAGCACUCUGGCUGCCAUCCUCAACUCCGGCGAUAUCGAGUUUUCUCCGGUUGCCACGGAGCACCAAACUGACAAGAGCGACAUCACUAACAUUUCUGUCCUGGAUAACGUGGCAUCACUGCUGUGUAUCCGCUCAGACGAGCUCCAGGAAGCCCUGACCUCCCACUGUGUUGUGGCCCGGGGAGAGACAAUCGUCAGGCCCAACACGGUGGAAAAGGCGGCAGAGGUGAGGGACGCCAUGGGCAAGGCUCUCUACGGCCGCCUCUUCAGCUGGAUUGUCAACCGCAUCAACGCGCUGCUGCGGCCCGACAGCAUAGGAGAGGAUGACAAGGGCUUGAACAUCGGCAUCCUGGACAUCUUUGGCUUUGAGAACUUCAAGAAGAACUCUUUCGAGCAGCUCUGCAUCAACAUCGCCAAUGAGCAGAUCCAGUUUUACUUCAACCAGCACAUAUUUGCUUGGGAACAGGAUGAGUACCUGAACGAGGAGGUGGAUGCCCGGAUGAUUGAAUAUGAGGACAACCGACCUCUCCUGGACCUGUUCUUACAGAAGCCCAUGGGAAUGCUCUCACUUCUGGAUGAAGAGAGUCGCUUCCCACAGGCCACCGACCAGACCCUCGUUGAGAAAUUUGAAGAUAACCUCAAGACCAAAAGCUUCUGGAGACCAAAGAGGGUUGACCUUGGCUUUGGUAUUCACCACUACGCCGGAAAGGUGAUUUACAAUGCUGCAGGCUUCUUGGCCAAGAACAGGGACAUGCUACCAGCCGACAUUGUCCUGCUUCUGAGGUCGUCAGAAAACGAGCUCACUCGCAAGCUGGUCACCCACCCCCUCACCAAAACAGGCAACCUUGCCCACACCAAGGGUAAAGGCAUAAACACAAUGCGCAGCCCGCGGACCCCGACACGCACCAUCACCUUCGCCAAGCCAGGAGAACCUGGAGACACGCCUUACCACCCAAGAGAAACCACCAACAUGAGAACGCAGACAGUGGCCUCCUACUUCAGAUACUCUCUGAUGGACCUGCUGUCCAAGAUGGUGGCAGGGCAGCCUCACUUUGUUCGCUGUAUCAAACCAAACAACGAUCGGCAGUCCAACAAGUUUGACCGGGAGAAGGUCCUAGUUCAGCUGCGAUACACUGGAGUUCUGGAGACUGCCAAGAUCAGACGGCAGGGCUACUCUCACCGCAUCCUGUUUGCUAACUUCAUAAAGAGGUAUUACAUCUUAGCUUUCCAUGCUCACGAGGAGCCAGCUGCGACUCAAGAAACAUGUGCUGCAAUCAUGGAGAAGGCAAAGCUGGAGAACUGGGCAAUGGGGAAGACUAAGGUGUUCCUCAAGUACUACCACGUGGAACAUCUGAACCUGAUGGUGCAGCAGGCCACACAACGGAUCAUUCUGCUCCAGGCUUACGUCCGAGGCUGGCUGGGAGCCAAGCGUUACCAGCGGACAUUAAAAGAGCGAGAGCAGAGUGCUCUGGUGCUGCAGUCAGUUUGCAGGGGCUAUCUUGCAAAAAAGAAAUACAACGCGUUGGUCGAUGAGAAGAACAAAGCUGCAACCAAGAUUCAGGCCCGCUACAGAGGGCACAAGGAAAGGAAAAGCUUCAAAAGGAAACGGUAUGAGAGAGAAGAAAUUCACACAAUAUAUAGCGCUGACAACAAAAAUGAAAAAGAGGAAGAGACUACUGAACCAGAUACCAAUGCCCCUGCUCCUGACAACGAAACCAAGAACGAUGAAGAGGAAACUAAGGCGGCUGUGGUUCUCCAGAGCAACUACAGAGGCUUCAAAGAGAGAAAAAAGUUUAAGGAGAGAAAAAAAACGAUGGCUGGGGCUGAAUUAGAGUUACCACCAAAUGCAGUGGAGGAACAAGAGGGUGGGCAAGACCCUACAGGCAGCAAGGCAGAGGAAGGAGAACAAACAGCUGAUAAACAAGAGGAGAAUGAGGAAGAUGAAGAAAGCACUUAUGAAGCUGAGGAGAAUGAUGACAGUGAUCACACACAGGUGCCAGAUGAUGAACAUACAGAAGUGGCAGAUGAAGCAGUGAUUGAGGACAUACCUGCAGCAGAUGCUGGAAAAGAAGGGCAGGAGGCAAACAAGAAGGAGGAGAUUGGACAAGAAAAGGCUGCAGGUGAAGAGGUUGUCAAAGUUGAAGAAGAAACCAAGGCUGCCACUGUUCUCCAGAGUAAUUUCAGAGGUCACAAAGAGAGGAAGAGGUUGCAGGAAGAAGGCAAGAUCCCAGCUAAGAAACAGAAAGCCAAAACUGGUGAAGAAGAAGUGCCCACAGUGAGCAGCCCUACAGCUGCAGAGGAAAUCACAAAAAAAGAAGAAUCAACGGAAGCUCAAGAUUUAGAAGACCAAGACGAGACCAAAGCAGCUGUGGUGCUUCAGAGCAACUUCCGCGGCCACAAGGAGCGCAAACGACUCGAGGAGGAAGGAAAGAUCCCUAAAAAGAGGAAGAAAAAAAAGGAAGUUACACCAGAACCUCCAAUAGAAGAAGAGCAGGUAAUGCAGACAGAAGAAUCAGUGCCAGAAUCCCAGUCGGGGCCUUCUGCAGAGAACCCGGAGGGACUGGAUGAGGAAAAAGCUGCUACUGUCCUCCAGAGUAACUUCAGAGGCCAUCGGGACCGAAAGAAACUGAAAGCAGAGAGAGAAACGCAGCAGAAAACAAAGGAAGAAGUUGCCAAAGAUGCAGAAGAGGAAACUAAAGAAGAGGCAGAGGAGGAGGUUGUGGAUGUUACUGACGUGGUGAUAGAGCACAAAGAGGAGACAGAUGCUGAAAAAGAGAGACUGGAGGAAGAGCAGGCUGCAGUGAAGAUCCAGAGUAACUUCAGAGGGUACAAGGACAGGAAGAACCUGAAGGCCAACAAGCAAACAGCGCAGUCAGAAGCUGCGCAACUAGAGAGCUUCUCGAAAGAGAUCACAAAGACUUCUCAGGAUUUUCUGGCCCUGCAGCAGAAGUUAAAUGAGAUCAUCCAGGCCCAUCAAUCAAACCCAGAGAAAAAUGGCAUGUUUGUGAGAGGAAAAGCAAUCAAUGGCCAUCGUUGUUACUUUCCAGCUGACAAGAGAUUGUCAAGGACCCCCCGCAGAACCCAGCAGCCAAAGACCCUCAACACACCAGAGGACUCCACCUAUUACAAUUUGAUUCAUAGGUCUGUCCAGGAUGAUAAACGCAAGCCCAGGAAAGAGGAUCCAGGAAAGCUGCUGGAUGUGGAUGACCAGUACUAUCGGUCACUGCCCACCAGCAGGUCUGAACCCUGCAUCUCCACAGAGGACACGUCCCUCAGUGACACCCCUGAGAUGAGGCAGCCUGCAGAGCUGAGACCAGAUGCUGCAAGCAGACCGACCAGAGAGCGGGCCGUCACUGACCCAGAGCCUCUAAAACCUGCCAGUGACAACAGACGCUCUGUUCCCAGAAUGCCCUCCGCGGAGAGCCAUACUGACGACAAUCCGUACGACUUCAGACAUCUACUGAGGAAGACCUCCCAGAGACGGAAGCUCAUCAAACAGUACUGA